UCCAAAAGGAAAUAUGAUGUUUCACGUGCAGCUUGAAUUGCAGAAUUCUUCAGAAGAAACGUGUGCUGUUUCCAUUUCCGAACGGAUACAAUGCUAUAGACAGUUUCUUAUCGAAGAGCUAGACGGACAAAAACUUCUUGCACAUCUUAGAGAAAAGUCACUAGUGUCAAUUGAUGAGGAACAUUUCUUCCUGAAACAAACAUCCAGACGAGCUCGUUUAUCUGCAUUACUAGAUAUGAUACUCGGAAAAGGAACUUCGGAACUUGAAGUAUUUCGAUCCUACCUCGAGAAAUAUGCAAACAGUAUUUAUGUACUUAUGUGGCAAACAAUGGAUAAAGAAACUGAGCGGUACAUAACAUCGUUGGCACUUGACCUUGAUCAACAUUACCCAGAACUCAUAGACAGGAUAGAAGCUUCAAUCUUCUUCAAAUUCGAUGAAGAUUUUCAUAUGCCAAGAUUUUUAGUAGAUGAGUUACUAAGAAAUCCCAACAGAAAUGAUAGGGCUAAAAUGAUUCUGCAACAUGUACAAUGCCAGAAUGAGUCUACGAGACGUCAGUUUAUUCAAAUGCUUUUGUUUUACAACCAACUGAAUAGAGGAGAUUUGCAGAGACCUCAACGACUUCUAGAAUUAGUUCACAAGAAAAUGAAUAUUACAGACAUUCGAAAAUCAAAGUUAACAAGAGACGUUUCAUCGACCGACAGAAUACACAUACCACUUGGACAAUUUUGUUUACAAACAGCAAAGGGCUACACAGGAAGUAAAGAAACACAUGAGAGUGCAGGAGACAUAAGCUCUAGCAGUACAACAUACACUUGUAGUGCGGAAUCACAUGUUGAAAGUACCCAAGUUGAUGGCGCAAUGCGGGAUAGUAUUACAAUGUAUGGACGUCUAAAAUCAUCUGUUUCUGAAGACAUCGACUCCGCUUAUGGAAGUUUCAGUUUCAACCAAGCGUUUUGACUAUGCUUUACAAAUUUUU